CCAUCUUAGUGUCUACAUAAACCCCCACACACAACCUCAAUAUUCAACACCAUUAAACCACAACACUCACAAAAAUCUCAUCACUCAAUUUUCCUUUUUCUCAUUUCUCAUGUCCAUCACAAAGGAAUCUGAAUCUCAAUCUCAAGCAGAAGCUCGACCCGGCUCGAUAACAAAACGAAGCUCGAGAAAAGGUGACUCCGUAUUUCACGGAGUCAGGAAACGUAGCUGGGGACGCUACGUUUCUGAGAUAAGGCUGCCAGGUCAGAAGACUCGAAUAUGGCUUGGAUCAUUCGAGUCAGCUGAAAUGGCAGCCCGUGCUUAUGACUCAGCAGCUUUUUUCUUGAAAGGAAAUUCAGCUAGCCUUAAUUUUCCUGAAGAAGUUGAGUUUCUACCACGUCCUCUUUCUUCUUCUAGGAGAGAUAUUCAAUCUGCUGCUUCUAAAGCAGCUCAUCAACGAAGCCACCACCAUCAACAACAAGAAGAACAAUUACGUGGAGUUACACCUUCUUCUUCUUCUUCAACAAGAAUGAAUGAAAAUAAUAUUAUCAAUAAUAGUGAUGAUAAUAUUAUUAGUGGAAAUAAUAAUGUUAAUGAUUUUUCCAUUGAGAUGAUGGAAUGGUGGAAAGAAGAAGAGUGUGUUUCGACGACGUCGUUUUGGGAUGUGGAAGAUGCUCCUCUAAUGAGCCCAACAAGGGUGGGGUCCAUUUUUGGAGAUAUGAUGACAUGGAACGAAGUGUUCAAUUUCAAUGAUGAUAAUUCUUUAGUAUAUGUACCGUAGUUUCUUUCUUUUUAUUUUAUAUUUUGUCGAUGUUACUACAACUCUUGCAAGUUGCAAAUUAGCAAUUAGUUGUAAGAAAAUGUAUAUAAAAAACUCUUGAUAGUGAAUACAUCACUUUAGUAAACAAUAAUGUGAACA